UGACCGUAAUUUCAGAAAUGGUGGUGUCAUGUCAUGUGUUGACUUGUGGUAAACCCUGGCAGUGGAUGUGCAAUAAUGGCGAAUGUAUUGCCCUGUAUGAUCUAUGCAAUGGUAUUGCACAAUGUACUGAUGGGUCAGACGAAAUCGACUGCGAUAAGAGGCAGUGGCAGGAUAAGUAUAUGAGUGUGCCCCGUGAAGAGAUGAUGUCGGUGAUACGGUCCGGAAUAGGCGGGGUUAGUCCAACAAGUAGUACUACUACGUCUGCUCUUCAAUCUACGGUAUCUAAUGAAUGGCUUGUCGCCGUUGCUUUGAUAUUGUUCAUCAUACUGCUAGUGGUGAUCACCCUGCAGUGCCGACGACGACGAAAUGGUCUAGUUCGCAGUAAUCGGGCAUACAAUAUAAGGAAAAGUUUAAAUAUGGAGCAAAAUGAUGGCGAAGAUGAGGACGACUUACUGAUAGGGUCACUUUAUUCCUAAAAUAUUUGUUCUUCACGAGUAUUUCAGUGAUAAACCGAAAAUCCCCCUUGUUGUUCUAAUCCAUUCAUUUGCUGCUACUCGCAUUUCACUCUUAUUUUGAAUUAGAUACACAGAAACAAUCCAACAUCUUACCCUACCGC